AUGGCAGCCUCCGCCGCAGCUCGGGUGAGCGCGGGGCUGACUUUGAGGUUCUCUAAAGUUAAUCCGGGCUGUAAUCCAUGCACUUUACCCAGGUUAAAUAGUUGCUCCCAUGCAAACCUGGGGGCGGCGAGGGAAGGCAUCCUUUACAGUUUUAGAAACCUGAACAGAAGUUUGCAAACGUCUAACCACUCUACAGGUGUGCACAAUUACGAAAGCGAGAAAGCAAAUGCCGAAGAGACUAAAGAUGAUGUUAACGUGGUGUAUAUAGAUCGUUCUGGGAGGAGAAUUCCAGUCAAGGCAAAAGUAGGAGAUAAUGUGCUCUACCUGGCUCACAAGCAUGGCAUCGACCUGGAAGGGGCGUGUGAAGCUUCCUUGGCCUGCUCUACCUGCCACGUAUAUGUGAGAUCGGACUACUAUGACAAGUUGCCACAGUCUGAGGAAAGGGAGGACGACAUGCUGGAUAUGGCCCCAAUGCUGCAGGAGAACUCGCGGCUGGGUUGCCAGAUCAUCGUCACCCCCGAGCUGGACGGCAUCGAGCUGACCUUACCCAGGGUCACGCGCAACUUCUACGUGGAUGGCCAUGUGCCUGCGCCCCACUGAUCGCGGGAGCGAGAUAUAGGGGUACACUGUGUGGAUGAGCGAGAGAGACCCACAAUGCAGUUGUCUCUAUUGCCAGUGUAAGAGGUGUUUAGCAGGAUGUGUGUGAAGUGGCAACUCAUAAGAGAAACAAGGGUGCAGUAUAACAAUUAUUCAGUUUAUUGCUGAUUUAUUGCUUUAUUACUGAUAAGUCAGCUCAGUAUAAUUAACAUUGAAAAAUUUCUCUCUGCUAUUGAUUGAAACGAUAAACAGUUCUGAUUUGCUACACAGUUAUACAUAUUCACGAGGAGCCAUGGUCAAAGACAACAACAUAGCUAGCACCACAACACAGACAACACCAGAACCUCCUGCUACCAACCGGAACCUGUCAGACACGGAAGUUAGCGGACAGCAGGAACACAGAGCUGACUAUCUGGGCAGUAAAUAGGAUAUCUUUGAUGGGGAUAUCUAAGCAACAGGCUAGUGCGCUGGGUUGGGUUUUCUUGAGUUUUGUUCACAUCGACAUGUACCAAUUUCUACAGGGUAAAAAAAAACAGGUGGGGGGGAGAGGUCAUUAUGACUCGAUCAUUCCUUGCUAGUUUUCGCUUAAGACACUGAAGAUUUAGCACACAUAUAACAAGCAGAACUUGAUGUCGAAGCGCAAGUAAUCUGUAGCUUAACCUGGUGUCGAAGAUAGCCACUGCUAGUGUACUAACCUGUCACCCUUGUGAAUCUUGAGGUCGGUGCCUCCCUCCUGCUGUAUUGACCUUAGUUCUGGUCUCAUUGUAUCAGUGUCUCUAAUCAGUCCUGUAUACACUGGUAAAGUCAGCCACAUACCCAAAAUUUGAUUGGACACUCCUAGGUCUCUAGUUCUGUGCAUCGCAGUGAAGAUGGCGUCUCCAGUUAACAUGGAAAUUUUAAUACCUCUUAUAAGAAUUCCAUUAUAACAGUGGUGAUUUCUUUAGAAAUUAUAGGUUGUUCAUUGAUCCCUGAGUGGCUCAAUCAGUUAACACCCUCAUUUUGAGAGCAAGCUGAGCCCGACAGUCCAAACUCAAAUUUGAGACAUUAGCUGACAUGACAUAAGUUCCCAGCAGCAGAAUGUAAUUGGCUCAGUUCUGUUGGAGUUUGGUGGGUUACCUCGGCCAGGGCUGAUGCCCCAAACGGCUCAA